AUGCGUGAACUAGGUUUCUGCUGCAUACUAGCCAACAGCAGUACUGGGCCCCACGUGAACUGCAAACCUCAGGGUCUUCUUGGGCGCUGUAGGUUUCACGCAUUCGACUCUCAGGACCUCAUCAACGUCUACAUCCCAGAUGGCCCUGAGACUAUCAUCUACCAUUGCGAGCAGCAGCCGUGCCCCAACCGGACACCCCAAUCGAUCGCAGAGGAUUACCCCUGCUACAAGGUGAUCCGACAAGUGCAACAUCCGCUCAGUCCUCGAAGCACCCUUGCAUCUCAAUCUGCCUUGCGGUACUCUUGCCCUGUCUCCCCCAGCUCCCGCCUUCCCCAAACUGUCGCUGAAUCCAGUCAAGUACAAGGAGAUCUCCCUCCAGACCCUGCACCAGAGCCUGAGUCUGAGGAGAGUGCAGGUGAAAAAGGAGUCUCGGAGCCCAAGUCCGCGGAUUCUGCUCGGUCCGCCUCGCCAACAGCGCUCGCCCCCGCGUCAGCAGUCCCUGAUGUACGUGACCCCUCCCCCGAACUUUCUUUGGCGCCUUCACUGCCGACUCCGCCGAGAGGCCACUCGAGCACUCGCUCCUCUCGAAGUUCGACCAGCGGAAGGCCACCACAGCCGCCUCCGCCCCCGCAAUGUCCUCCGUCCCCCUCAACGCCGAUAAUGUCUUCCCCCUCGACCGCCCCCAACAAGGAGACCCUGAAGCUCCUCCUCCUACUCCAAUAUGAUGGCAAAACUGUCAUCGAAUGCGACAGGUUCCUGUCGCAACUCCGCAUUUAUUGGCUGGUUAACACGUCGCUGACCACCAUUGAACUCGAGGUGCAAGUUGCGUUGAGCCUGCUCGAUGGCGAUGCUCAUGCCUGGGCCACUCCCUACUUUGCCCAGCUUGCAUCGGUGCAGAUGGGUGUGCAAGGGGUCACGACCCCCUUCAGGAACGAAGCAGCCUUCACUGCCACCUUCACGGCUCGCUUCGGUAAUCUCGACGAUGCGGCGGCAGCACAAGUGGAACUGGCGAAGCUCUGCUCAGACAAGUCAGUCCGCGAGAAACGCACCGCUGCGGAAUUCUCCGCGCUGUUCAAGGGUCCGGCAGAUCGCUCUGGGUAUGGGGACCUGGAGCUACGCGACAAGUACCUGAGCGGCAUUCCCUCCCGCGUAUAUCGCAAGAUCGAGCUCAAGACCUUCACCACAUGGCGAGCCGCUGAAAAGUGA